UUGCUAUUACUGUAUUUGGCUGGCUGAUCGAUUGGUCGGGAGCAAGCGCUCCCCUCGUCCGUUCCUCCUCCCACCGAAUCGCCAUGGACCUGCCCAACGGGCGACACGGCGCCCCGAACGGCGGUGUCGCCGCCGCCGGCGCGGAGGAGACGGUGGUGUGGAUGAAGAAGAAGAAGCAGGUGGAGCUGGUGCGGGAGGCCAUCCACGGCCUCCUGGAGGAGAGGAGGCGCGGCCACGGGGAGGACAAUGGCUUGGCGUCCAGCCAGCAGCAGCUGCAGGAGGAGGAAGAAGGCCUCCUCUCCUCGUUGCUCACCAAGCUGGAUGCACUGGAAGGUGAUCCAGAUUCGGGCGUUUCCGAACCACGCUCCCCGCACCCUGACCACCAGCCAGGGGAAGGCGGGAGCAGCAGCGGCGAGGAGAAGGUGGGGCUCGCCGGCGUCGCCAAGGACCUGGGCAAGAUCAAGCGGCAGAACACGGUGACCCACCUGCUGCUCGGCGCCGUCAUCGUCCUCACCGCCGUGUGGCAGGUCAACGAGGUGUCGUUCCUGCUCUGGGUGCAGCGUAAGCUGAGCAACCCGUUCAAGUCCCUGGGGGACAUGAUCAAGAGCUCCCUGACGCUCAAGGGGAGGAGGCCCAUGAUCGAGUCGUCGCCGCUGCCGCCGGUCGGCGUCCCCGACGUCACCAGGGCCGAUCUGCCGAUGCUCGUCAUCGGCAGCAACGAGGACCUGGACAGGUGAACUAGCUAGCUGUGCGGUAAUGCUAGGAGAAACAGGGCUUGCAGCCGUUUCUUGUGAUUGGAGUUUCAUUUGUUUUUUUUGUUCAGUUUGUCUGAUCAUCAAAGUUGGAAUUUUAGCAGUAUGGCAAGAAUGUCAAAAGAUCGUGCAUUUUGUGUGUGUGUGUGUGUUUGCUCACUAGUUCCAUUAGUCUUUUUAAACAGCGCGCCUGAAUUGGUUCUUGAACUGAAAGUCUGAAACUAGGCACUUCUUGCGAGCAUAA